AAGCCGAGCUCCCGAGUGGCCCCCGGGCGCCCCGCCAUGAAUACCGCGGAGGCAAUGGCCGCCUACCUGCCCGUGUGGGCGGACGCCGGCUCGGGAGACCAGGACUCGGACUCAAAGGCGGACGGCCCCUGGGAGCCGCGAAGCGGCGCCGGACACGGCCGGCCGCGGCCGCGCGCCGCGACCGCAGCCUGCGCUGCCGCCGCGGCCUGCGCGCUGCUGGCGGGUGCCGCCGUGGGCUUUGCGCUGCUGACGCCGGCGGCUAAGGGCUGGCGCCCGGCCCGCAGCGCGGCCGGGGCCGCGCCGCUGGAGCUUCUUGUGCUGGAGCUGGACGCCGAGGGCGCGCCGGGCGGGCCCCUCGCGGCGGAGGUGCUGGAGGUCCCGAGCGAGACGCGGGCGCCGCCGCGGAGGCAGAAGGCGCAGGACGAGGCGGCGAUCGCCGAGAUGGGCCUGGACGCCGAGAUGGUGGCGAUCGCCCAGCAGGCCUCGCCCGCGAGGGGGAGCCCGCGGCCGCUCCUCGAGCUGGGCGGCCCCGCCCCGCCGCCGAGCCGCGGAGCGGCGCCCGGGCCUCCGCGCGCGCUCGCGGCCGAGGGCUGCCGGGCGCGCCUGCGGCGACUGGGGGAGGUGGCCGCCCAGAGGCUGGAGUCGCCGCCGGACCUCCUGUUCCCGGCCGAGGCCUCCUCGAUCUCCGGCAGCGGGGGCAGCUGCGGGGACCCCGCCUCCGACAUCCACCUGCGGGGCUGCCACUAUUUCGACCGCUGGGAGACCCUGUCCUCCAUCGCGGACCGCCGGAACUUGCCUGGCGUGGUGGUCUUCGGCUCCUCGGUGAGCCCGGGGGACGUCGCCCAGGGGCAGCUGGGCGACUGCUACUUCAUGUCCGCGUUGGCAUCCGUCGCGGCGGCGUGCCCCAGGUGCAUCAUGGACAUGUUCGUCCACAGGCAGAGGGAGGAGAACGGCAUCUACACCACCAGAUGGCUCCUGAACGGGGAGAUGGUGGAGGUAUCUGUCGACCCUCAGGUCCCGGCGCGGUACGGCACCCCGUUCUUUGCCCAGGUCUCGAAUGGUGUUUUUUGGCCACUCAUCUUGGAGAAGGCAUGGGCAAAGAUAUUGGGAUCAUACCAUUCCGCAGAGGCCGGAAAUUGGCUCAGCGCCGUGGGCGCAAUCACACGUGCCCCAGUCAAGUCCUUGUGGCAUUCUGACCUCCUGCAAGAAGAAUUGUGGAGAGAGCUGGAACAGGCCUCGAGAUUGGGCUUCCCAAUUGGCGCCAGCACUGGAGACGGUGCAGGCGACUACAACUUGCCCCAAUCCCACGCGUACGCAGUCUUCAGGGCAUACGAGGACCCUAAGUACGGACGCGUUGUCAUGUGUUUCAACCCUUGGAAUGCAGACAUGUACAGAGGUGCAGUUCCAAAUGAGGACCUGUCGGACGGUACUUUCGUCAUGAAGCUUGAGGAGUUUUAUCAUGCGUAUAGAACAACACAACUCGGGUUCGUCACUGACGGUUUUACAGCCUCCUUUCAGACGCUUCAGGCGUCAAAGCAGGGGAGCGCCCUCACAUUCUCAACUGCUUCGAAUCGGGACUUUUUUGUCUCCGUCAGCUGGCCAAUGCGAAAACUAGUCGAGCCAUGCCAGCUAACACCUUCUGUAAAUCUGGCGCUCGCGAAGCAAACUGGGACAGGCGCGUGGGGUGAUGUAUUCGAAGGCGAGGAGAGCAAGGACGCGGCGGUCAACAUGGUCACUGCCAGGGUCAAGGGCGAGGCCAGCACGUAUAAUAUAUUCGUCGGUGCGGAGUUCCCCAGCGACAUCCACUUGCACCGGGUGGUGGUGAUCGUGUACGCGAGCGAGAGCGUACACAUCACGAGGUCCUCGGGAUCCGGCGCGUCGGAGCUGGCGCUCAGAAUGUUUGGCCCUGACUGCAACGAAGGCCACGUGAGCUUCCCAGGGCACGGGGUAUUCUCGCCGAGCCUGGUCAGUCUCGUGCACGGCAUACCCACCUAUGUCAGCAUGGAUGGCGCGGAGUUUGCCUACUACACUCCGAGCAGCCACCUGUGGUUCGUGACCAGCGCCUCCCACUGGCCGCAGGUUUCGGAAGGGGCCCUGUACUACAGCAGCAGGGUCGCCGCGAGCGACGUGCGCUGCGGCUGCCUGGACUCCCCCGGCGGCGUGCACGGCCUCGACACGCCCUGCUCGCAGGUCCUGCCGCCGCACAUCCGCUACGCCAACGUCAUGUGCCGGGGCGCCGAGUACUCGGCGCUCGUCGAGCGCUGCUGCCCGGUUACGUGCGGCGCCUGCGCUGCCGCGGGCUCGGCGCCCGCGCCGCCCCCGCCGGCGCCCGCGCCGCCCCCGCCGGCGCCCCGCAGCAGGCCGGAGGCAGAGUGCAAGGACAGCUCGCCCACGGGCAUCCGGAUCCGGGGCCGCAGCUCGCUGGCGGCCUGCUCCGAGCUCCGGGACGCCUGCGAGCAGAGCGUGGUGCGCCAGCGCUGCUGCGAGACGUGCGCGGCCGACGUUUCGGAGACCGCGGAGCCCGAGUGCGAGGACGAGAGGGACCCCCAUCUGCCUUACCACCCCCGUCUCCGCCUGAACCACAAGGCGGUCACGUGCCUCGAGGCCGCCGGGGCGUGCGACAACAAGGCCGUCCGGGAGCGCUGCUGCGAGACGUGCCGCCUUCAGGACGAGAAGGGCGAGCAGCCUUCUGUGAAGGUGUCGCGCACGGCGUGA